CCCGCGCCGCCCGGCCCCCUUCACAGAGUUCAUCAUUCCUAGCGGAAGCGCCGCCAGCAUGGCUGAUAAACUGCCCUACAAAGUCGCGGACAUCGGACUGGCUGCCUGGGGACGGAAGGCCCUGGACAUAGCUGAGAACGAGAUGCCAGGUUUGAUGCGAAUGCGGGAGAUGUACUCCACCUCCAAGCCACUAAAGGGCGCUCGCAUUGCUGGCUGCCUGCACAUGACUGUGGAGACUGCUGUCCUCAUUGAGACUCUCGUGGCCCUGGGUGCUGAGGUGCGGUGGUCCAGCUGCAACAUCUUCUCCACUCAGGACCAUGCAGCGGCUGCCAUUGCCAAGGCUGGCAUUCCAGUGUUUGCCUGGAAGGGAGAGACGGAUGAAGAGUACCUGUGGUGCAUUGAGCAGACAUUGCACUUCAAGGACGGACCCCUCAACAUGAUUCUGGAUGAUGGCGGUGACCUUACUAACCUCAUCCACACCAAACACCCACAGCUUCUGUCAGGCAUCCGAGGUAUCUCUGAGGAGACCACGACCGGCGUCCACAACCUCUACAAGAUGAUGGCCAAUGGGAUACUGAAGGUGCCUGCCAUCAACGUCAACGAUUCUGUCACCAAGAGCAAGUUUGACAACCUCUAUGGCUGCCGGGAGUCCCUCAUAGAUGGCAUCAAACGGGCCACAGAUGUGAUGAUUGCGGGCAAGGUGGCAGUGGUAGCAGGCUAUGGUGAUGUGGGCAAGGGUUGUGCCCAGGCCCUGCGGGGUUUCGGGGCCCGAGUCAUCAUCACCGAGAUUGACCCCAUCAAUGCACUGCAAGCUGCCAUGGAGGGCUACGAGGUAACCACCAUGGACGAGGCCUGUAAGGAGGGCAACAUCUUUGUGACCACCACGGGCUGUGUUGAUAUCAUCCUUGGCCGGCACUUUGAACAGAUGAAGGAUGAUGCCAUUGUCUGUAACAUUGGACACUUCGACGUGGAGAUUGAUGUGAAGUGGCUCAAUGAGAACGCCGUGGAGAAGGUGAACAUCAAGCCCCAGGUGGACCGCUACUUGCUAAAGAAUGGGCACCGCAUCAUCUUGCUGGCUGAAGGCCGUCUGGUCAACCUGGGUUGUGCCAUGGGCCACCCCAGCUUCGUGAUGAGCAACUCCUUCACAAACCAGGUGAUGGCACAGAUUGAGCUGUGGACCCACCCAGACAAAUACCCCGUGGGGGUUCACUUCCUGCCUAAGAAGCUGGAUGAGGCAGUGGCUGAAGCCCACCUGGGCAAGCUGAACGUGAAGCUGACGAAGCUGACUGAGAAGCAGGCCCAGUACCUGGGCAUGCCUGUUAACGGCCCCUUCAAGCCUGACCACUACCGCUACUGAGAGCUGGGACUGCCCGUCACCUUCCAGCUGCCAUCCUGUUCCAGGCCCUACCUCUCCUU